AUGUCCAAGACUUUCAUCGGCAACGUCAAGAGUGUCCUCAGCGGCGACACCUUGGUGCUGACGAGCCCAAACAACCCCGCCGCCGAACGAACCCUCUCGCUCGCCUACGUGACCGCCCCGCACCUGAGACGAGACGGCGACGAGCCCUUCGCCUUCCAGUCCCGCGAGUACCUGCGAAACCUCGUCGUCGGCAAGCCCGUGCAAUGUACCAUCCACUACGCUGUCCCGUCCGGCCGCGAGUUCGGCACCGCCAAGCUCAAGGACGGCACUGAGCUGCCCGACGAGCUCGUCAAGGCCGGCUGGCUCAAGGUCCGAGAGGAUGCCGGCCGGAAAGAGGAGUCCGAGGAGAUCCUGGAGAGGCUCGAAAAGCUCCGCGCUCUCGAGUCGCAGGCCAAGGGCGAGGGCAAGGGCCUCUGGGCCGGCGUGGGUGGCAUCAUCGAGCUCCAGAACGACCUCGGCGGCCCCGAGUUCAUGAAGGAGUGGAAGGGCAAGACGGUCGACGGCAUCGUGGAGCGGGUUCUCAGCGGUGACCGCCUGCUCGUCAGGCUGCUUCUCUCAGACAAGAAGCAUGUCCAGCCCAUGACUCUCCUCGCCGGUGUCCGCACGCCCUCCACCGAGAGAAUGGUGCCGUCCACUGGCACCACUCACCCCGCGGAAGAGUACGGCAACGAGGCCCGCCAGUUCGUCGAGACGAGACUGCUUCAGCGCCAGGUCAAGGUCGAGAUUGUCGGAGCUAGCGCCCAGGGCCAGCUCGUCGCCAACAUCAUCCACCCUCGCGGCAACAUCGCCGAGUUCCUUCUGCAGGACGGCCUCGCCCGCUGCAACGACUUCCACUCUACCAUGCUGGGCGAGAAGAUGGCGCCUCUGCGCGCCGCCGAGAAGCAGGCUCAGUCUAAGAAGCUUCGCCUGCACAAGAACCACGUCGCCAAGACCGAAGCCGGCAGCCAGGAGAUGACCGUCACCAAGAUCGUCGGCGCCGACACAAUCAUUGUCAAGAACAAGGCCGGCACCGUCGAGAAGCGAAUCAACUUCUCCAGCGUCCGCGGCCCUCGCGCCGGCGAGCCCUCCGAGAGCCCCUUCCGCGACGAGGCCAAAGAGUUUCUCCGCCAGAAGCUGAUCGGCAAGCACGUCAAGAUCAGCAUCGACGGAACGAAGCCGGCGACGGAGGGCUUCGAGGCCAGAGAGGUCGCCACCGUCACGGAAAAGGGCAAGAACAUUGGCUUGCUGCUGGUGGAGGCCGGCUGGGCCUCGGUCAUCCGACACCGCAAGGACGACACGGACAGGGCCUCCAACUAUGACGAGCUCCUCGCCGCGCAAGAAAAGGCCAAGGAAGAGGGCAAGGGCAUGUGGUCCGGCAAGCCCCAGAAGGCGAAGCAGUACACCGACCUGUCGGACAACGCCCAAAAGGCAAAGAUUAUGCUGGCCACGCUGCAGCGCCAGAAGAAGGUUCCCGCCAUUGUCGACUUUUGCAAGGCCGGUUCCCGCUUCACCAUCCUCAUUCCUCGAGAGAACAUCAAGCUUACGAUGGUUCUGGGUGGCAUCCGCGCCCCUCGCGCGCCGCGCGCCGACGGAGAGGGCGGUGAGCCGUUUGGCAAGGAGGCGCUGGAGCUCGCGAACAGGAGAUGCAACCAGCGCGACUGCGAGGUCGACAUUCACGACAUGGACAAGGUCGGCGGCUUCAUCGGCGAGCUGUACAUUAACCGCGAGAACUUUGCCAAGGUGCUGGUCGAGGAGGGCCUCGCGUCGGUGCACGCCUACUCUGCCGAAAAGUCGGGCAACUCGACGGAGCUGUUUGCCGCCGAGAAGAGGGCCAAGGAGGGCAAGAAGGGCCUGUGGCAUGACUACGACCCCUCGCAGGAGGAGAACGGCGAGGAGGAGGCGUCCGAGGAGACGCCGCAGGAGAGCGAGGUUUCGCUGGAAAAGCGGCCGACCGACUACCGGGAUGUCAUGAUCACCAACAUCGACAGCAACGGCAAGAUCAAGAUCCAGGAGAUUGGCAAGGGCACGUCGGCGCUGGAGACGCUGAUGAACGAGUUCCGCAAGUUCCACCUGGACUCGAAGAACAACAAGCCGCUGGGCGAUGCGCCCAAGACGGGCGACUUUGUCUCGGCCAAGUUCUCGGCGGACGGCCAGUGGUACCGCGCGCGCGUUCGCGCCAACGACCGGGCGGCCAAGGUGGCCGAGGUCAUGUUUGUCGACUACGGCAACAGCGAGAAGGUGCCGUGGUCGAGCCUGAGGUCGCUGGACCAGGGCCAGUUCGGAACGCAGAGGCUCAAGGCGCAGGCGGUCGACGCGUCGCUGUCGUUCGUGCAGCUCCCGACGGGCGCCGACUACUUUGACGAGGCCAUCGGAUACAUUGCGGAGCUGACGGAGGGCAAGCGGCUCGUGGGCAGCUUCGACUUUGUCGACAGCAAGGAGAACGUGAGCUACAUCACCCUGUACGACACCAAGGCGAACAACGAGCUGCCGGGGCUCAACGACUCGAUCAACAAGGAGGUGCUGGCGGGCGGUUACGGCAUGGUGCCCAAGAAGCUCAAGGCGUGGGAGCGCAGCAAGGCGUUUGAGCCGUACCUGAAGCACCUGCGGGAGGUGGAGAGCCAGGCGAAGCAGGAGCGCCGUGGCAUGUGGGAGUAUGGCGACAUUACUGAGGACUAG